CCGUCUGUCUUGCUCUGAGAUGAAUGGCAGAUACACAAGCAAUGAGCUGACUCUGGAGGUAAACUUCCUCCACUCCCUGGACAGUCUGUACCAUCCGUCCCACCUGCUUGCCUCCCAGCAGCAGUUCCUCCAUCCAUCCCACCAUGCCGGAGAGCUGAGUGGACACACACUGCCCAACCCACACCGCAACUCAGUGGUACCAGGAGCAGCCACAGUCAUCAUAAUGGUGUGUGUUGGUUUCCUGGUUGUCAUGGUAAUCCUUGGAGUGUUCCGAAUCCGUUCCAUCCAUCGCCGUGGGGAAGGUUCCAGGGGCGGGGCUAAGGAGGGUAGCAGCCAAUGGGACGACUCCGCCCUUACCAUCAUUGUUAACCCCAUGGAGUCCUAUGAGUCGCGCAUGGGCAUCUCUGCCGACACGGAGGGGGAGGGGGAGGAAGACGAGGAGGUGGCUGAGUCACCUGACGAUGCCAGCGAUGACCAGCGAAUCAUCAUCAAGAAAGAGGGAAGGGACGGCAAUGCCCGUCGCUAUUGAGCCGCCAGUUCUCAUGGAAACCACAAACCGGCUCACCAGUCACACACGCCCAACACUUUUAAUAUUGACGACUGCUGACACCACUAGUAUGAGGAAUGUAUGCUUACAAACACAACGCACAACACAGUCACUGUAAUACUCUCGUACUCUGCGCCAUAUGUGACCUAUAGCCAACAAAGGGCAGAUGUUUCCACCUAAAUGUUCAAUGGCACAAUGUAUACAGUUAAUGUAAUUUAACCGCCUGAGCAAAACCCCACCAAAAUUGUAUGUGAUGCACCAGUUCUAAAUCACAAGAUGGUAAUGUGUCUGUAUAGUGUGUUACUGGUUGAAUGAGACUGCUUUUGUUUAAAAAAAGAAAAAAAAGAUUGUACUUUAUCUUUUAUUACUGAAAACAGAAUGAAAUCUAUACGAAAUGAAACCUGGAAAAAAAACAUGCAAACAACAAGAUACAAAGCCUUGAUUCUGACAUGUGUCUGCACUCCCCAAUAAGACUCAAGAAGUCUGUGCACAAGCUUAACACCUCAACAUAUUCCUCUACAGUCGCAGAGUGAAGAAAGUAGAUUCUGAAAUUGUCUCACAAAAACAAUAAAAACACUUUGCUUGCAGGAAUUUUUAAUUUAUCGUGACUUAUUUAGUGCUUCAGCUCCAAAAUAUGUUUUUAUGCGGGGCUGGUGAUUAGCUGACAAAAUUCAAGGACUAUCAACCACACACCUCAUCCUUCAAACAGACUCUGCAAUACUCCAUAAAUACAAAAUAAAAGGCCUAUGAGUGUCGAGUCCAUGCAGCAUCGUAAGGGGUUCAAGUUGGAAUCUCUGCAAAGUUUCAGCUUGUGCCACUACAUGACAAAAAAAUCUACAAUAAACCUGGUGCAACCUCACGUCUAACCCACCCCUCACAGUGACCACAGGAAUGUCUCUAAAUGACUCACACUGCACUCUUUCACUCACUGCAAACUGCUUUUACAAUAACUGCAGGACGUCACAUGCAAAAAAAAAGGAAAACCACACACACACACAGAUACUACACACUCCAUUAUGCUACUACCCCUGCUGUUUCCAGAAUGUCCGCUCAGCUUGGGCAGUUUUGAUUGUAUUGAUUGUAAUGAAUUUUCUGUACAUACAGUGAUGAAUAUAAUGAUAUUAUUGUUAUUACUAUUAUUAUUGCAGCCACACUUUAAGAGGGAGCAGAUUAUGACUUUUACUUUGUACCCGCUCCAUUAUUUGAGUAAUCACCUUUACAGCAUCAGAAAACAGUAUAUUAUUAAUGAUAAUAAUAGUAGUAGUGAUAAGGAUGACAAUCCCUGGCUUGAUGAGUGUCUCUUACUUUGUGUGUAAUAUUGUUGUAAUUUAAGAACUUGUCGAUAUCUGAAUCACAGAAAAAUGGAGGGCACAUUGUUGUGAUACUCACACACGUCUCACUCAUUUCACAUUUCUUGGACCUUUUUUUUUUUUCACAUGUCAAAAACAACACCUUUUUUAAAAUUUAUUUUUUCACACCAUGCAAUAUCUUUGGUUCAAUGAAUGUACAACUGUGUGCUUCUCCUCACCUAACCCACCCCCUCUGCCUUUUCCCUCCACCUCUCCCUCUGUGUCUUGCUGUCUGUCUGUGUAGCCUAUCAAUGUGCAGUGCUAAAUCUGUCAGUAAAUAAAGCCUGUCGUUUUUGACUGUGAUGUUAAGAAGGAAUAAACAAUGCAUUGAUUAAUAACUUAUAUUAUUACUAUGUUACAAUUGGAACAUUACCUGUAAUUAUUGAUACAAUUAUGACAUGGAUUAUGCUGACUUAUUGUUAUUGAGAAUUGUCAGAAAACAUAACAAAAUUCAUAAUAAAAACACUAUAUGACGUCUCCA